AACCAUUCAAGGGAUCCUGUUUUUUUUGGACUACAACUCCUAUCACCCCUACCUAGCAGGACCAGUGGACAGGGAUGAUGGGAAUUGUAGUCCAAAAGCAGCUGGGCUGGGGAGGAGUCAAGUUUGGGAAACCCUAGACUAGACGAUUCUCGGGGUCCCUUCCAACCUGACCACUCUCGACUCUACGAAAAGGGGCUGCUCGUUUCUGAGCAGAGGCGGUUAGGACUACCGGCUGUGAGCCGGUAAAACGAAUAAGGGCGAUGCGGCGGGAGGAGAUGGGCGAGAGCCGCAUCCCCAAGGCAUUGUGACUGCGGGUGGCGCAGGAGGCUGAAACCGGCACAUUAUCUUGCGGCCGCUUCCUCAGAGGGACGGUGGAGAGGCAAAAUACCUCGGUCGCCUACGAUCGACCUGCGCAGCAACCCCCAUUUCGCCAUGGCUCGAAAGGAGACGCGCCCGCGGUUGCCAUGGUGACCGGGUGCUCGCCCUCGCGCUCUCCCCCGCCGGAAGUGGGAGGAGCCUCGCUCUUUUCACUUCCGGGUGGCCGUUGACUGUUUAGGGAGGCGGUUGGGCUGAGGCGAGAGCGGCGUCUCUGGCAGGUGACUGGAAAGGGAAGAACCGGCAAGAGAGGGAAGAACCGGCGAGAGGGGGAAGCUGGUUUAUUAUUAUUAUUAUUAUUAUUAUUAUUAUUGCUAUUAUUACUGCACUUUAUUUAUUUAGGGGGGGUGGACUAGAUGACCCUCGGGCUCCCUCAAAGGUCUAUAAGCCUCUUGUUGUUGGCUUAGUUGGGGCUCGUCGUUCAAUUGCGGGGUGUUUCCAGGCGCCGCGUGAAAGGAACCGGGAGGAGCCGCUGAGCUUGAGGCGCCUUUGGAAAGAGGCAGUAUCGGUGGGAGGGAGGGCUGGGUGAGGGGGGCGAGGUUGGGUAUUAGGAGUGCUUACCUUUGCAUUUUUAUUUAGGGUCCAAAUUGCUCGGUACCCCGGAAAGCGCACGUGCCCCCUUGCACUGUACCAGCUUGCCCGUGUCUUACGAUUAUUGUAUUUUAGUGUUCUGUUGGAAGCCGCCCAGAGUGGCUGGGGAAACCCAGCCAGAUGGGUGGGGUAUCAAUAAUAAAUAUUAUUAUUAAAGGAUCUUUAUCGAGGAGGCUUAGCACAAGAAGUGGCUUUCAUCAGUUGGAAGUGCAUGAGACUCUCAAUCUCCGUCGUUGGUUUGAGUCCCCAUGUUGGGCAACAUUCCUGCACUGUAGCGGGUUGGGCUAGAUGACUGUUGGCGUAUUUUACCAUUCUGCGAUUCCAUUGGUGCACCUAGCUCAGUAUUGUCUACACUGACUGGCAGCAGCUCACCAGGGUUUUGGGAAGAGAGCUGCUCCCAGCCCUCCCUGGAGGUGCCAGUAUGGACUAGACCAGACAUAAGCAAACUCGGCACUCCAGAUGUUUUGGGACUACUACUCCCAUCAUCCCAAGCUAACAGGAUCAGUGGUCAGGGGUGAUGGGAAUUGUAGUCCCAAAACAUCUGGAGGGCCGAGUUUGCCUAUGCCUGGGCUAGACCCAAGACCUUUUGUACAAAAAAUGGAGGUUAUGCCACUGAGUUAUAUAGGCCUUUCCUGUAGAAAUUUUGUUUGUGUCUGGAAAUGUACUAUGUGGAAACAAAGGACAGAGUCCUCUCUUGUGGAGGUGUCCUGUCUGUGGAACAGUUUAUCUUUAGGGGUGUGUCUGGUGUCGAAGUUAGUUAUUUUGGUGCCAAGUCAAAGUCUUUGUAUUUUUGCCUGGCUGAUUUAAAGCCAAUUAUUGUCUGUGGAUUAAGGUUUUCAAAUUCUCAACUGUACUGUGUUUUGAUUUGAUUGCUUUAUUCUUUGUGUGCUGCCUUGGUAUCUUUAAUGAUGUAGAGCAAUUCAAAAAUAAUUUCAAUAAAAAAAUUCUAAAUUAAUAAUAGGUGAGUGGUAGAGUCCAUGGCACAUUCAAUUGAUCUUUAAAGUGUAAUAGAUUUGUGUGUUGUCUUGAUUAUAACUUAUGAAGGUUGAAAUACUAUGUGAAAUUAUUAGGGAGUGAGUCCCGUUGAAAAUAAUGGAACUUACUACCUGUGAGUCCCGUUGAAAAUAAUGGAACUUACUACCUGUGGGACAGGGAUGUUUGAUUAUUGAUGCUGUAUGCCAGAGCUGCAUAAACAGAAGUAGUAAUUGCCAUCUUUCCUGCUAGUCUGCAUGGUGAUCCUGGUUGAUAUUUUUCACUGUUGAUAAUGUACUUUCAUUUUUCUUUUGCUACAGAAAAGAGAAAAUGAGCUCCUCAGGGAAGAGAAGAGGAAAACCAAACAGAGGGGGAGGAAGGGGAGCAAGAAGAGGAAGAGGCAGAGGUGGCGGCAGCAGUAGCUGUGGUAGACCUUCUAACAAAUGCCAAGCCAGUGGCAGCAAAAAGGGCUCGGAGAAAAUUUGGGACGAUGGUGAUGAUUUCUGUGUUGAUGAUGAUGAUGAUGGUGAUUUCUGUGUUUUCAGUGGACCAAAAGAUGUAGCCAGGUCAGCUAAGUGCAUUUGAUGGAAUCUUACAUUUUAGAGUUUAGGUUGUUUUUUAAAAACUUCUUUUUGAAGGUUGUUUUAAGAAGGUUUUAAGAAGCAAGAUCAGGGAGAGGCUGUAGCUCCUUAUCAGAGCACAUACUUUGCUUUGCAUGUAGAAGGUCCCAGGCUCAAUCCCUGCUAUCUCCAAUUAAAUAGGAUCAGGUAGCAAGUGAUAGGAAGACCACUUUCUGCCUAAGACCCCAGAGAACUACUGCUAAUCAGAGCAAUUAAGACUGGGCUAUGCAUUACAAGGCAACUUCCUGUGUUCCUAUGGUAAAGUGAAGCGCCUUGACUUAAGUCAGGAGUUGUCAACUUUGGUCCCUACCGCCCACUAAUGGCAUUUCAGGAAUCUAGAUGGGCGGUAGGGGGUUCUACAGCACAAGCUGAAUCCUCCUUCCAUCGUGCACUGGUGGGUGGUAAGGAAAUGUUACCAACAAGAAAGAUCCAUUAGAGGGUGGUAAGUAUAAAAAGGUUGACUACCUCUGACUUAAGUGAUUAAUUCCAAAACACUUGUAUUUUUAUUAGAUAUAUUUGUAUUUUUAUUAGAGCUUUGAAACUAACCACGAAUUUGAGCCUCAUCUACUGUCUCUUGCGUGCCACCUUUUACAGAGGGAGGGUUUUUGACAUUGGAUACUAGUGAGAAUAGCUGGAAAUUCAGCUCAUUUUUUGAGAAACAGUAUAUUGGUUGCUAGAUAUUGGAAACCAAAGGCUACUUCCCCAGCUACCAUAGCACCAAGUAUCUCAGGGGAAAGGGAACUAUUUAGCACAGAGACAGGUGUGUGUGUUUGUUGUGCUAGUACUUUUAUUGCUCGUUUUGCAUGACACAGAAAGAGGUUGCACCCAUUCAGGUCAGAUCAGUGAAGUGGGAUAUUUAAAAUAAUAGGUACAGCUGGAAUUUAUUAAUCAAGCAAAGAAGCUGAUGUAUUUUGGGGGAGGGCGGGAUCUUUUAAAAGAUGACUAAAUAACCCUGCAGAAACACACUGUAGCUUUUGCACCACAAUUUCUGUGCCCAACUGCUUUAAUCCAGCUUGUCUGUUUAAAUAUACUGUGGUCGUUAUGGGGCUUGUCACAGAUCCUGCACGUAGCUUUGUCAAACAUUCUGGUGACUUUGCUUGCCGCCUUUGAAUUUCCUAGCAACAGAAUAGGGGUUUUUCCAACAUGACCUGCUUAGGAACUUUCUUGGUGCUCUUAGCUAGUUAGGAGACAAAAUGACCAAUACAACUGUUCUAAUGUUCAGCAUACAUUGUGCAUGUAUUUUUCCAUUACUUGAUUAAAUUAGAAUGUGUUGUGCUUUUUGUUUUUUGUUUUUAAUAUAUCAAGCUCUGGUAGCAGAGGACAUGGACAGACCAGACAAGCACCCAAAACAAAGAUGCCUCUUCAGACUCUGUACAUGACUUCCGAUAAUCAGAUGAGGGUGAAAGAACUUCUUCGUGAGCUGCAAGGACAAGAGCUGGCUGCUGGUUCAGAGUCAGUUUUCUAAGCAUAAAUAAUUUCUUCAUUAAACAGAUACUAUGAAAUGUUGAAGGACUGAAUAUGAACACCCUUUAGUUAUUCUCAGAUUUUAUAGGCAUUAGAUCAUAUCAUUCAAAGUUCAGAAUGGACUGUGACAGAUGUGGUUGGGCAGCCUUUCUAGAGAAAGAAACGAAGUCUCAGGGUGGCUCCACAGUUUACAUGGCAAACACACUUGUGAUGGAUACAUAGUGUUUCCUGCAGCAAACUUGUAAAGUAUGGAUGCCAUAAUAAUAUGAGACUUGAAUUUCUGAAUUAGUGCUUGAUUCACAUGAACCUGCCUUGUUGAGUCUAUGAAGACUGCUGUUUGAGGUGGGUGGUUGAUGGGGCCAUCACUGUGAUGACCUCAUUGCUUAUGGAACUCCCGCCCAAGAGAUGCGUGUCAGAUGGUUACUUGCUUAGUCUGGAGUAACAGAGUAAACACAUCUUUUUAGCAUUGCUCUUAAUGAACAGUGAAAGCUGCUGCUGAGUUUUACGCUGCUAAGUUUUAUUUUUAUAAGGUUUUGUAAUGAUUUAUCAUUGUGGUACUUAUUGUUUUGUUUAUAUUUUAUGAUGUGCCUUGUGAGUUUGCUAAAUUGAAAAAGCAGGGUAGUAUAAAUAUUGGGUUAGAUUCAGACUUACCUUUUUGCCCAGGUUUUCUCUGACCCAUAAUAUUGGACGCUGCUGUACAUAUUUGAAUCCUCUGAAUUUCUAUUUUAUUUGCUUUUAUGUAUUUUUUGAUGUUUUGUUGGUUUUAGGGUGCAUUUUUUAUUUGAUGUUCGUUUUUCACACUAUACACCGCUUAAAGAUUUUUGAAAUGUUAAGUGGUUUAUAAGUAUUUACAAAUAGGGGACCAAGUGCAAAGAUCCUGGCUUAGUUCUGAAUGUUUUGGAUAACUAAACUGAGUUGCUUGAGUAGCUAUAUUGAGCAGAGAGUUCCAGAAGUUUGCCUUAUCCCUAAGACUAUUGCUUCUAAAAGAAGCAUGCUGCUUUCUUUUUUUUCAGGAUGCUUGUAUCAGGUGAAGAUGACGGUGAUGGAUUGGAUUACUUGGAGGAUGAGCACGCCUGGUCAGAUGGGCAAUCAAUUUCUAAAAAAAACACAAAUGCUUCUUAUCAACCACCUGUGAGCCAUGUUCUAGAGACUGAAGUCUCUUCAUUUGCUGUGCACAAACUAUCCAGGUAAUUAUUGUCUCACUAACAAAAUGGAAAAUAUUAGUCAGGAGGUGGGGUGCUAAAAACCUGCAUAGCUGCAAUUACGUGAAUGAGUGUGGAAUGGGACAUUUAACACAGAAUCAAAGUGGCACCCUCCACCCACCAAUACACUCCCAAGUAGAGCCGAAAAAGAGCAGUUAUGUAACAUUAUGUAAGGUGGAAUGGGGAUCCUUUUUCCCCUAGGGGCCAGAAUCCCACAUGGCCACUCUUCUGGGGCCCACGGGCCAGUGUUUACUGAGGCCAGAAGUAAAAGUGUAUAGAGCCAUGCAAACAUUGGAGGUUUCUACACCUCAUCUACAUGUCCCCAUCCAGACAAGCAAGAAGCAUUAUCAUAAUUCAAGAACACAUUCUAGCCAAGCUAAAGCACUCAAGGUGGGUGCUAAGCAUGGCCAGUGAAGGAUGAGGCCUGGGAAGAGCACUGGAGGCUGGAUGGCCACAUUUGGAACCCAGGCCUGAGCUUCUGCAUCCCAGUGUAAGGCAUACCAUUAGAGCAAAUUUCUACAACAAGCACAAGUUGUACAUUUUAUUCCAGUUGCAGAAACUGCACAGUGUAGACACCUGCUUCUUGCUACACUGCAGGAUAACAGCAAGCAUCCUUUAAACAUAGUGGGAAUGCUUGCUCUUGUGUAAACGUUCUGGUAUGUGCACCUACAAUGCAUUUCUUUUCUUUCUAGGUACGGCUUUGAUAGCGAGCGUUGCCAAGCUGUGCUGAAAUCUUGUAAUAGUAACAUUGGGGCAUCCCUGGAGCUCUUACUCCUGCAGUGCUUUUCAGAAAAAUUUGGAGAGAGGAUGCAGAUCACAGAAACUGCCGCUCAGACAAGUAUGGAAGAUUGUUUGGAACAAAGGCAAGAGGAAGCAUUUGCCCUCCGUUCGAUAUGUGGAGACAAAUUUGUGGAAAGAAUUAAUAACAGGGUCUGGACUGUUGCAUUGGACUUGGCAUAUUUGACAGAGAUGCUCAACAAACCAAAAGAAGGGAAUAGCAACACCAGUAAUGGGCUAAAGCCAGCUUCCCUGGAAAUCUGUAAACACUACCUCCAAGGAGAUUGCAGGUUUGGAUCGAGAUGCAAGUUCAGGCAUGAUUCUCGAAACAAGCAAAAAGGCCUUCCGAGCGUCAAGGAGGAUGCUCAUCUCAGAGUUAAUGCUCCUGUGUAUGAACUUGAAAUAAGAUUUCCUGAGGAUAACAAAUACCCUUAUCAGCCUCCCCUUGUGGCAUUCUAUACCACUAAUGAGAAACUGCCAUUGGCUUGCCGGUUGCACAUUGCUGAAUUCCUUUAUGAAAAGGCCAUAAUAUCGUCAGAGUCUAAUGAACCUGUUGUUUAUGCUUUUAUAACAAGCCUAGAGGAUGAAGCUGAAGUAACAAAAUUGCUUAGUAAGACUUCUCACAGAUACAGUGCUCCUCCUUUGCCUCUGGCAACACCCUUGUCAAGUACAGUGACAGAUGUUCAUAAGCAAGAGAUUCCUAGCAGCUCUCAUGUUCCUUCCCGGAUUUCAGAAGGUAUAUACUACUUCAUAUGUCCUUAUUGAAACUCGUACACAUAUUAAAAAACAGGCUGUGUAUGCAGUUUUGAGGGUAUGGGUUCUGCUCCCAAUUGAUAUUUCUAGAGAACAGCAUGUAUUUCACACAAGUCGGUGUGUGAAAAUGAAUAAAAACUAUGUUACAAAAAAAGAUAAUAAUUAAAAAGUAAUUAACCACAAAUAGAAUUAAGAAGUUAUUAAACAUAAGCAGAUCUUUUAAUAGACUGUUUUAAUUCUAUUAAAACUACAAAUAAUAACAAAAAUAAAAACAUCACAGUACCAGCCCUUUUAAACUUUAAAACUAUGUCUCUGAGUUGGUGGAAUCAUUGCAAUAAAGAUUUCAAUGUCAUGUAAAUUGAAACCACAAAAUACCAGCCACAGUAUUUCAUUAUUCUCCAAUUGGGAUAGAAUACAGUGGUACCUUGGGUUAAGUACUUAAUUCAUUCCGGAGGUCCGUUCUUAACUUGAAACUGUUCUUAACCUGAAGCACCACUUUAGUUAAUGGGGCCUCCUGCUGCUGCUGCGCCGCCAGAGCACGAUUUCUGUUCUCAUCCUGAAGCAAAGUUCUUAACCCAAGGUAAUAUUUCUGGGUUAGCAGAGUCUGUAACCUGAAGCAUAUGUAACCUGAAGCAUAUGUAACCCGAGGUACCACUGUACUAGGUUAAAAUACUUUAAGUUCCACAGGGCGGGUGCCACUACCAAGAAGACCCUCUGCCUGGUUCCCUGUAGCUUUGCUUUUCGCAAUGAGGGAACCGCCAGAAGGCCCUCGGCGCUGGACCUCAGCGUCCGGGCAGAACGAUGGGGGUGAAGAUGCUCCUUCAGGUAUACUGGGCCAAUAAUACUGUACAGGUGGGGACAACCAUUGAGAGCUGUGAAAAUAGGAUUGUUUUCCUUUAUAGCAAGUUUAAAUAAGAGUCGGCAAAUACGGGUCAAUUGGUGAAUGAAGAAAGCUGCAAGGCCUGGAGUGGGGGGUGAGGAUCCUUGGAAAUGAAUAAAUUAUAUUGUAAGAUGAAAAGCCCAAUUAAAAAUAAAACUCACUCUCUAUAUAUAUUUCUAUUUACAUUAAUGAAGGAGACCGCUUCAGAUGAGUUGUCCUCUCCAACUUAAUGGAAAAUUCUUGUCAGUAAGAGAUUUGUGUGCCAGUGAGAGAGUGUUUAUUUUUAGCUCAGAACAUAAAUCCAUACUGAAGCAUAAUAAUAUACCAAAGAAAAAUGCUCAUAAAAACUAUAGAUGAAGUAGCACAUAAGCAGUGAGUUAAAAAAAUAGCAGCUAAAACCAGUAAAAAGAUUCUAUGCUCCACUUGAAGUCCAUGAAUAGAAGAAGGAUUUUGUGCAGUACCUCAAAAAUACCUCUGUUAACUACUGUAUAGCACUUGCCUAAAUUUGCUUGCAUUGUGUCCAUUAUUGGCUGUUUCCUGUUAUACUAUAUUUGCUCACGACACUGUGCACAAGUGAAGCAAAUUUUAAAACAGUUGGCAUGAUACAAAAUGAAAGGGAGUGGGGGAAAUGCUGCUGUGGGAAACUUUUACAACAAAAGGAAACAAUACUAGGAUGUUUUGGAAAUGCAGGUGAAUUCAGAAGGGAGUGACUUGGACAGCUGCAGUAAACAGUUGUAGAGGGAGAGUGUGAGAAAACAGAAUAGCGGUCUCUUACAGUGAAAUGUUAUUCUUGUCAGGAAUUUUUCUCGGUGAAGGCUUGUAGCUCAGUGGCAAAGAACAUAUUUUGCAUGGAUUUAAUCUCUCGCAUCUCCCAAUAAGGCUGGAAAAGACUUGUCUGAAACUCUGGAAAGUUACUGCCAGUUAUUGUAGACUCUUCUGGGCUUGAUGGUCCAAGGCAACUUUGAGAGCCAGUGUGGUGUAGUGGUUAAGAGCAGUGGACUCGUAAUCUGGUGAACCGGGUUCGCGUCUCUGCUCCUCCACAUGCAGCUGCUGGGUGACCUUGGGCUAGUCACACUUCUCUGAAGUCUCUCAGCCCCACUCACCUCACAGAGUGUUUGUUGUGGGGGAAGAAGGGAAAAGGAGAUUGUUAGCCGCUUUGAGACUCCUUAGGAUAGUGAUAAAGCGGGAUAUCAAAUCCAAACUCCUCCUCCUCUUCUUUCUAGGUUCUAGAGGUCAACUCAAUACUAAGCCAGUAAAGACCUCAUUCUAGCCUAUAGAAUUGGCACUCCGGUGGCGAGUGGCCUACCCAGUGAUCAUAUUGUUUAGUUCAAGUCCUCAUGUGAUUCCUUUAUAAUGUAUUGUCAGUUUCCUUGUCCCCAAUCCAUGUACAGUGGUACCUCGGGUAACAUACGCUUCAGGUUACAGACUCCUCUAACCCAGAAAUAUUACCUCGGGUUAAGAACUUUGCUUCAGGAUUAGAACAGAAAUCGCGCGGCGGCGGCGUGGCAGCAGUGGGAGGCCCCAUUAGCUAAAAUGGUGCUUCAGGUUAAGAACAGUUUCAGGUUAAGAACAGACCUCCAGAACGAAUUAAGUACGUAACCAGAGGUACCACUGUAAGUGGUGACCACUUGCAAGGGCAGUGCAUCAUGGACAGAAUUCACGAUGGGAGAUUUCCCAAAGAAUAGUGCUGCAGGUGAUGGAGAACUCUGUUGCCAAUGCAUGCCAGUCCCUGUGAUUAGGAUAGCACACUGUUUGGGAGCUCUGGUCUUCCAGACUUCAGCUCCCAUCAUUCCUUGCCAGCAUGGCCAAUAGUCGGGGAUUAUGGGAAUUGCAGUACAGCAACAACUGGAAGGCCACAGAUUUCUUCUCCCUGAUCUAGUGAAAUGUUAUGUUAUUAAAAAAACAAACCCACCCCUGAAGACUGGUUAGCUAAUGUUUCAGAAUGGUGUUUGUUAAGAUGCUUUCUGUUUUUAAGCAACCAAGGAGUUGGUGACUGAAGAGGAUGAUGAUGACAACGACGAAGAGGAGCUGCAGACAGUUCACGUAGAGAAAGAGAGUUAUGUGAAUCUCAGGCGAAAGAAGUACAGGACAUUAGCAGAGCCAACUUGCAAAGAAAAUUAUAAAAUUUGCCGUCAGUUCAGGAUAAAGAAGGUACAUAUGUAAACCUUGGAAGAUAAGUGGCAGAGUUACAUUUAUAACGUAUUUUCAGCUACAUUUAAAAAACAAACAAUUUGCUGUGUGUACAUAUAAUAGCUGGUGGGAGGUAGGAAUUGAUAGCAAAAUCCAGGAAAGAAUCUUGAAGUUCUGGAUAUGCAGUAGAACCCUUAAUAUCUAUAUUUUGUUUUGUAUUUAAGACCAUUUUAUCUCAGAGCUGCUUCCUAUGCUAGAAUUUCUUGUAUCUUGAAAAAAUAUCUGUAUGCUUAUGUUCUUUAUAUGUGGGAUCAAUAGCAGUUACAUCUGUUUUUCUGUAAAGACUUGUAUCUACAGAAUUAAUGGAAGACAGUCUAGGAACUGUGUGCCUUCUCUGGAUGUGUGUGAACUAUAGUAAACAAACAAAGAAAUUCAUGUACCGUAUUUUUUGCCCUAUAGGACAUACUUUUUCCCCUCCAGAAAUGAAGGGGAAAUGUGUGUGCGUCCUAUGGGGCGAAUGCAGGCUUUCGCUGAAGCCUGGAGAGCGAGAGGUGUCGGUGCGCACCGACCCCUCUUGCUCUCCAGGCUUCAGGAAGCUAUCCACAAGCCUUGCGCACCCAGGGGGAGUUCCUGCGGGCUCGCAAGGCUUGCGGGCGGCAGCCUGCAGCCCGGAGUACGGGGUGCUCUCCGGAGGACGCCCCGUGCUUCGGGCAAGUGUCCGCAAGCCUUGCGCGCCCGGGGGGAGUUCCUGCGGGCUCGCAAGGCUUGCAGAUAGCAGCCUGUUCUGGGGGCUGGGAGGGGAAAUAAAUUUUUUUUAUUCAUUUCCCGCCUCCAAAAAACCCCGAGGUGUGUCCUAUGGGCCAGUGCGCCCUAUAGGGCGAAAAAUACGGUAAAUGUGGAUCAUAAAUUGAGCACUAACAGGCAGCUACUGACCAUCCACGUAUAUUUGUCAGUCUUCUAGGCACUACCAGUCCAUAUUGCAAGAACGACAGAAACUUCCUGCAUGGGAAGAGAGAGAAACCAUUCUUAAAUUGCUGAACAAAUAUCAGGUCCUGGUUGUGAGCGGUAUGACUGGGUAAGAUAUAAAACUGUCUGCACCCUUGAACACCAUGUUAAUACUUACUGUGUGAAAAGCAGUCUGUCUCUGCCUACAAAACUCAAAAGGGACCUUCCCUUCAGGCAAGAAAAAUGAGAGGGUUUGAAGUCAAUAGUUACAGCAAAGGUAUGUAUGGUGGAGCUUUUCUUCCUCCUGGUUCUAUCUGGCUAUCUGUCUCAUCUAGGCUAAACUCUCCUCCCCCUCCCAACUGCUAGAGCACAUGAGUUGAGAUUAGGCAGAGAGAGAGAAAAUAGUUGAAGGAGGAAAAAACCCAGGCAGCGUGCCUCCUUUCCUAUAAGUGUUGAAUUCAAGCUCUCUCGCAUUUUAUUGCCUGUAGAACAGGAAUCUUCAGGGGUCUGAACUGGCAGAACUGGCACGCUCUGUAUAUGGAAGGAGCAUCAUUUGCCCAGUUCUUAGGGAUGCAUUCAAGACAACAUGUACACUACAGAACACUGGUUGGAAACAGGGCUCAGCCUAAAUAACAAAGUGAAGUAUGAGAGGUCUGGGUGGUUGCAUUCCUUCCCCUACUACAUCCUUGAUAAAAUAUUUAUUUUAUUUUAUUUAUUAUCAUUAUUAUUUGUAUGCCACCUUUAACUUGAUGAUCCCAGGGCAAUUCACAGCAGAAAAACACAAAAUGAGAACGCAAAAUAAAACAAAAACCAAUAACUCCCCCUCCCACAAACACAUUUUAAAAGCCAUAGAAUGUUAAUCAGCCAAAUGCCAUAACAGCAAAAAUCUAAACAUUUAUACUCUAAAGUACCCCCCCCCCCACUGAGAUCAGUGGGAAUUCCUCUCAGGUAAGUAUGUUCUGGACUGCAACCUAAAGCUGAUAUACACAGUUCACGUGGAGAAAGAUGAAGUCAUCCAAUUUCUAUUACAGUUAAUGACCAUUGUAUGCGGGGGUUCCAUUCCCGGCCUCCCUGUUAUGUCCUGCUCCUUUAAGUUCCACCCUGUAAGUGACUUUUUAUGUUUUUAUGUUUUUGGACACUUCCAGGUUCAACACUAUGCUUGAUUGCACGUCUUUUGGAUGUGUGCUAAUCAGUCAUUUCCUGUGUGUUCUGUCAAAAUUAUAAUUGUAAACACACAUGAAUGUAAAAGUCAAGUGAACAAUGUCAUUCAUUGAUUUUGGACCGGAUACCUUUAGAGCAGUGACAGGGGAGUCACUUUCUGCCUUGGGCUGGAUUCAAAGUUGUCCAACUUUGCAGGGGGCUGCAUUGUAAUGGUAAACAGUGACAGAAGCAAAAGGGGCUGGGACCAAAGUGGGCAAGGCAAAGAGAAUGGCAUCUUUUUACAUACUUUAUUUUAUGUUCAUUGUACAUAAAAUACGUAAAAUGUAUGCAAGCUAUGUAAAAGGUCAAUCUAACCCUAGGAAAGCUAUGGGAGGUGGCAGGAGAAAUGGAAAUUACUGUAUUUUUCUGUGUAUAAGACGCCCCGUAUUUUUUGAGCGCAAAAUUAAGAAAUUUAUUUAUAUAUUUAAUUGCAACAUUCCAUGUAUAAGACGACCCCCAAUGUUAAACUUUAAAAAAUUGUGAGGAAAUAUACACAGAAAAAUACAGUAUUUAAAGCUGAUAUCACAUGAUUGGAUGGAGUUGGGCAGAAAUGUCAUUGGCGGCCUUUUGGAGGGGCUGGGCAGGCCAAAUUAGGCCUGGAGGUCAGAGAGUAUCCACUCCACCACCAAACCCAAGGUCUGAUAAGUCCAAUGUUUCCUGGUCUCUGCCACGCCUUCAGCAAACCCAUCCAAAGAAGAUCUGAAAGAUCUUGCAGGAAGCAUUGUGAUUUGCCAAUUGGAAGAGACCAUAUCCUGUGGGAGCACAACAAAACUUGACUCUUGGAAUGAAAUAAGAUUUUGCUCCAAUUUGGAGUCAGAAGAGUAUUUCUAUAUGGCUAGCCUACAUUUCAGGUUUGGAAUAAAUAGUGCAGAAAAUAAUAGCUCCUGGCUUGAGCUGGUUUGUACAAUUGCAAUCCUUAUUAGACAAUAUUGCACAAAGAUUGCUCCUUUUGAUUUCUGUUAUGUUAACAAGGGUUCUUCAUUGGUGUUAGUCAGUGGCAGAUUCAAUUUUACAUUUAUUUAAAUGGAAGAAUAUAUAUAAAUGGGAACCAGGAAGGUGAAAUAUAACUCACCUUUUAUUAUAGUUUUUUCGUUUUAUUGCCAUUGUAUUCUACUGAUUUGUUAGCUUCCUUGAGACCAGGGAUUUAUUUAUGUUUAAGUAGCAUAAAGAUUAGUUUUCCCUGGACAACAGGUUUGGAGUGUAUUGAUAUAUGAGGAGGUCAGGCUGUCUCCUGCAACACCCCUUAACAUGUUGCUUGAGGGAGAGGAGAAUUUUCUUUUUUAUUUCAUUCCUCUCCUUCAUGCAGAUGUGGAAAGACCACUCAGAUUCCUCAGUUUAUCUUGGAUGCCUCCCUAGAAGGUCCUCCCAGUAAUUUAGCCAACAUCAUCUGCACCCAGCCUCGCAGGAUCUCUGCCAUUUCUGUGGCUGAACGUGUAGCCAAGGAGCGAACGGAGAGAGUUGGGGUCACAGUCGGAUACCAAAUUCGGCUAGAAAGCGUAAUGGUUGGUUUGUUUUUACUUUGUUUUUAUUCCAGUGAUGUCACGGGUGCAAGCCAAUAGACACUCACAUAUAAUUUUCCCCCCAUUCCGCCCCCCCCAGCAGUGAAUUCUCAAAUAGACAUUGAACUGUUGUUGUUACUGUUUUAUUAGUCCAAAGGGUAGACCUUUUUUUCUAGCUGUGCUGGUGGGGAGAGUUGAAGGAUAGUAUCAAGGGGCUAUGCAAGAGCACUGGAGUGUUGCGCAGCUUCCAUUAAUGUUUUUUAAAGAAACAUGUUUUAAAAGAGAGCAAACAACAGCUGAACAUCUCAGAAGGCUGAAUUCUGUUCCGGGUACCAAAAUCCAUGAGUGUGCAGUGUGUUGUAGAUCCAUAUAAUACUCUGAAUCCUGGUAACACAAAGUGGCACAAGCUGAAUUCAAAGCUGGUUUCUGAGAGAGUGACUGCUGCCAGAAAUACAGUAGUCUCCACUUUUAAAUAACUUUUUUUAAAAAAGAAGAAGCUUGCUAUUUCAUUGUGAUAUUUGCUAUGGGUCUCUGCCCCCCACCCAACUUUCCUGCUGAGAGGUGAGUGGGUGGCUAACCAGUGACAAGGCCUUCGUUGCUGUGGCACCCAGACUCUGGAUUUCCCACCCUGGCACAGAGCUGAUCUUUAAGCCCCAGUCAAAAGCUCUUCCAUUUACCAAGUUGUUGGUGGCACUCAGUUGGUGACUAAUCUUAUUUGUUUUGUUUCGAGCUGCUACAUCUGUUUGCCGUCAUUUUAUUUGUUUUAGUGUCAUUAGAUUGUUUUACUGCUUGUUGUGCACUGCUUUUCUGCACGAGAGGGGAGGAAGAUGUGUCUGCUUGUUCCUAGUUCCCUCUACUAUAUAUGAAGGGAUUGCAACAUUAUCUAUGCACUGGCCCUUGAUGUUUGCUAAACAUGCUUUUCCAGCCAGUGACCAAACUAUGGCAAGGAGUUUUAAUCAGCUAAUUUCCCAUAUUUUUACUUCUGCUAUUCAUGGGAAGGAACAACACACUUUUCUGGACAAGAUCCAUGGAAAUCUGAAUAAGGCACUAGAGUAUAAUCUAAGCAGUGACAGUGAUAGAAUUAAAUAAGGGGAAGAAACUGAUUUAGUUGGCGAUCUUAUUGUCAUUUUCUCUCUUCUUUCAAGUCUUCAGCUACCCGGUUGUUGUACUGUACUACUGGAGUGCUUCUGAGGAGGCUUGAAGGGGACAUGAGUUUAAAAGGAGUCACACAUAUUAUCGUUGAUGAGGUUCAUGAGAGAACAGAAGAAAGGUAACACAGCCUGUUGGUUUCACUUUUGAAUUAUGGUGCUGGAGGAGACUCCCCGGAGUCCCAUGGAUUGCAAGAAGAUCAAACCUCUCCAUUCUUAAGGAAAUCAGCCCUGAGUGCUCACUAGAAGGACAGACCCUGAAGCUGAGGCUCCAAUACUUUGGCCACCUCGUGAGAAGAGAAGACUCCCUGGAAAAGACCCUGAUGUUGGGAAAGAUGGAGGGCACAAGGAGAAGGGGAGGACAGAGGACGAGAUGGUUGGACAGUGUUCUCGAAGCUACCAGCAUGAGUUUGACCAAACUGCGGGAGGCAGUGGAAGACAGGAGUGCCUGGUGUGCUCUGGUCCAUGGGGUCACGAAGAGUCGGACACAACUAAACGACUAAACAAAAAUUCAUGUAUUUCGUAUUUCCUCUCCUGCUCUUCUUACUCAAGUGUGGAAGGCAAGUGGUUAAGAGUGUCUGAAUAGGACCUGGGAGACCCAAGUUCAAAUCUUAGCUUGCCAUGGAACUUACAGAGUGACUUUGGGCCAGACAGCCUAGCCUACCUCACAAGGGUAGUGGUGAGGAUAAUGAAGAGGAAGGAAAGCCAUGUUUGCCACCUUGAGCUCCUUGGAGAGCAGGUGGGAUAUAUAUGUAAUAUAUAUUUUAUGAAGUAAAUACAUGAUUUACCCCUUUUCAUCCUUGCCACAACUCUGUAAGGUGAAUUAGGCUGAGGGGUAGCAGUUUGCCAAAUGUUUAGUCAGUGAGGAUUUGAAGCCAGGUCUCCCCAGUCCUAGUCUGACACACUAAUCCAUCCUUCCCCAACCUGGUGCCCUCCAGAUGUUGGUCUGCAACUGUCAUCGGCUCUAGCCAGAACGGCCUGUGUGAACAGUUUUGGUAAAUAUAUUGCCUGAGAAGCAGUAUGUUUGUUGGAUGGGUAAUAGAUAAAUGUUGAUGUUUGGUUGUAACUCAUAAUAACCCAGAGAGCGUCUGCUUGGAAGAAGGCUACUGCUAAUUACAAAACCACACUACCUACCAUAAUCUUGCUUGUUUUCGAAUAUAUGGUAACAUUAUUUUAAAAAUUCUUAUACAGUGGUGCCUUGGUUCUUGAACUUAAUCUGUUUCGGGAGUCCGUUCGACUCCCAAAAACCAAGGCACAGAUUCCAGUUGGCUGCAGGAGCUUCCUGCACUCAAGCGGAAGCCAUGUCGGACGUUCAGCUUCUGAAAAACAUUCGCAUACUGGAACGCUUGAGUUUGCGGCAUUUGGGAGCCAAUUUGUUUGACAACCAAGCCGUUUGGGAACCGAGGUACCACUGUAGGUCAGUCGUAUCACUUCCAAAUUGGCAGCUGAAUUGAGGCCAUAUUUGAACUUUACCUUCUCUGCACUAGCUUCAGUCACCCACAGACAAUAAUGUAUCAUUAUUAUACAAUAAUGCAGUAGUUAUGAAAUGAUAAACAAGUAGCCAGCUAAAGCUUCACCCCUAGAUGUGGAUAUCCCAUUAAAAUAUCCAAAGCAGAAAAUGCAGUAAACACUGUGCCCAGUCCUUCAUCCAUACACUCCAGGCUGAUUUAAUUUUCUGGUGGCUGUGAUUUUAUGCUGCAGAUAUGUGCUUUGAGAACAUACCAGCACGUGCUGCAAAAUUAACACACUCCAAAAUAUAUCCGUUCAGCUGCAAAGGACUAGGUUGUUAUUUCUCUCCCUCCACCUCCACAUAUGCAGAGGAGGCUUGUUUGCCUAAGAGACAGAACUGAGUAUUGUAUUUUUGUCCCUCCCUGUGAUUGUUGUUGUUUUUAAUGAGGAUAUGUGUACUUGUUUUUGUUUGUUGUAAGAGAAAGCUUAAAAUAAGGGUCUUUGAUUGCUCCCAGGAUGGUAGUGGAGCUUCAGGGAAUUGCAGAUGAACACAGAAGAGCUUCAAAUGUCUUUUCUUUAUUUUCUCCAGUGACUUCUUGCUGCUGAUUUUGAAAGAUAUAAUGUCUCAGAGGCCAGACCUGCGCAUUAUAAUGAUGAGUGCUACCUUGAAUGCAGAGCUCUUUUCUCAGUACUUUAACUCCUGCCCUGUUGUUAGCAUACCAGGUGAAAACCAGUCUAAUUAUUUUCAUUAUCCAUCUCUUCACAGCAGAGGUGGGGAACCUGUGGCCCUCCAGAUGUUAUUGGACUCAACUCCCAUCAGCCCCAGCUGGCAUUGGAAUCAGCUGGUAACAUCUGGAAGGCCCAGUAACAUCUAAAAGGCCAAAGGUCCCCCUACUUUGCUUCACAAGUUACUUUUCAUUGGUUAGCAUUUUCUCUGUUCUAACCGUUCUGAAAAGUUGAUAAUAUUAUCUCAGCAAUAUAGUUACUAAAAAUGUCUGAGUUCAGGAAGGUAUAUUAAUUUUAAGAAUGUAAAUAGAGUCCUCUUGCACCAGGUCAAACUCCAUUUAGUGAUUGUUUCCCACGGUAGCCAGCUGCUGGGAAGCUCCCAAGCAGAGCACAAAGGCAUAAUUAAUACUUGCUUGUUGUUUGUUUUAUUAUACAUUAGCUACUGGUGCCUACUGGACACAUACAUUUUUGUAUCCUUACAUUUAGCUAUCUUGAUUAGUCAACUGAUAGUAACUACCUUCUUGGGAAGGCUGGGAAUCUGAUCCAUUUAAUGAGUCGUCUCAGCUAAAUCAAUCCAAAGAUGUUAAUGGAGUUAAUAUAAAAACUAAAUAAGGCAGCCUAACAUAUAAGAAUUAUUUGAUAUUAUAAAUAACAAUAUUUUGCAUCAUGUUCUUUCUCACAUUCUGUCUCAUAUGUAACAUGCAACCUAAAUACUAUAAAUGUGCUCUGUUUUUAGAUUCAGUAGAGUACUGCUGAGGUGAAAAUACCCUUCUCGGGACAGGUCAGAUCAGAUCAGAAUAGGGUAAUACUGAACUUUUUGUACAGCCCUUUUAGUGGCUCAAAGCACUUCACGUGCAUUGUGUAGAGCAACAAAUUUGAGAUGGUUUUUAUUAUACGUUUUUGUAUUGUUUUUAUUUGAAUAUGAUCUGCCCUGAAAUGAAGGGCAGACUAGACAUCUUAUACAGUGGUACCUCAAGUUAAGUAUUUAAUUCGUUCCGGAGGUCCGUUCUUAACCUGAAACUGUUCUUAACCUGAAGCACCGCUUUAGCUAAUGGGGCCUCCUGCUGCCGCCGCGCCACCAGAGCCCGAUUUCUGUUCUCAUCCUGAAGCAAAGUUCUUAACCCGAGGUACUAUUCCUGGGUUAGCGGGGUCUGUAACCUGAAGUGUAUGUAACCUGAGGUACCACUGUAAAUAACUGUAACUCUUACAAGUUGUUUUAUUAAUAUUCUCCAUGUUGAAACAUACCUCCACCCAUUCCAGGCCUAAAUCAAAAGCUUUGGUGGCCAAGCUGGAAAAUCAAAUUCCUUCUCCCUCUCACACAUGCAUACAGCUAUGUGAUUUUUAAAAAGACAUAUGGGAAAGUUUUAGUGUUUGAUGUUGUAUUGUGAUUUUACUAUUUUUUUGUUGAGAGCCGCCCUGAGUAGCUGGGGCAACCCAGUCAGAUGGGUGGCAUAUUAAUAAUAAUAAUAAUAAUACACAUGAAAUACAAUUCUUCUUUAAAUUGCUGGGCACUAAGCAGUGGGCUGUGUCCCAUGGGUCAGAUCUUGCCCUUUCCUCAUACUGCUGUCCUUAAUGUUGCCCAAACCAGCCACCUGAGGCAGCUGUCUCACUCUUCCUUGUGAUGUAUGUUGAAAUAUUGUUAAAAUACAACCAACUUUUUUAGCUAAUACAAGUUGGAAUGGUGUAUGGGUAGAAAUGGAGGCGGUUCCAUUCCUCUUCCUCCAGUUUUGAUGAAGUAAUUUGCCUCUUCCUAUAUUACUGUGUUUCUCAUCUCUCUUUUAGGUAGGACGUUCCCCGUUGAUCAGUUUUUUAUAGAAGACGCUAUUACAGUGACGCGGUAAGCUAGGAAUCUCCAAUGUCUAUGGACAUUUAACAUGCCUUGUACAUAAAUUUGUACGACUGCUGUGUAUUCAGACCUUUAUAAAAAAUUAUUUGGGUUCUACCUUAUUUAGGGCAUAAGUGGCUUAUAGAAUAAUGCUUUUAUAGUGUAAUCAGCAACAAACCAUAGCGGGCUAUUGUGUAUGAGCUGAGAAAAUGACGACUUGUGGAAUCUAGGUAUGCAAGCCUCAAUUUGAACCAAUUUGCUUCAAAAUCAGAAGCAGGAGAGAAACCAAGCACACGAACAGAUGAGAAUGUCUCUGAGCAAAAGACUCAUCCAUGUGUAGCACCAAAGCAUGGUUUGGCAUUGCUUCUGUUGGAAUUCUGUCCUGUCCUAGAGCUUUACCGCAUGCCUGAGAGUUGAUGGCGCUUUUCAGCUCGUCGAGGGAGGGCCAUCAAGCUCUUCCAAGACAGUCAGAGUCUGGAUACUGUUGGUUGCUGUGUCAGAGACCAUGUUGUGCAGUUCUUGAUAGCGCUCUGCCCAUUGCUUCAUCUGCUUGUUGUGGUCUGCGAUGAUCUCUUCCCAACAAGGUUUCCAGCGGUGCAGUUUUCCUGACUGUUGGUCCAAAGGCUUUCUUCAUACCAAGAUUUGUUCCCUGAGCAGUAGAAUUGCAAGAUGCGUAGAAUAUAUACAGCCUCACUUCAAGUGAAGCUGCCUUAUACAUCAAGCUCAGCGAUAUAUCUUUAUAGGCUUGCAAAAAGUGUCAGCCUGAGUCUUUCCCAGCCCUACCUGCAGACGCCAGGGAUUGAACCUGGGAUCUUUUUUCAUGUUAAGCGUGUGUGCUACCACCGAGCUAUAGCCUCUCCCCAAAUGCUCUGUGGGUAUUAAGUGUGUCAGAAAUGACACCACACAGCCCACAAGGUCUAAGCAACUGCUUAGAGCAGUCAGCCACCUAGAAAGCAAGGUUUCCAGAUGGCUUUCCCCCAUACCCUAUUUCUCUCUUUUUUCCCAAUUUUUUUUUUAUUGAUUUUCCAAAAUUAUAUCAAACAUAACAACAAACAAGAAAAACAUUACAAUAUCAAAGAACAAACAAACAAACAUACAUUUACCCUAACUGUUAUAGUCCCACUUUUGUUAUCAUUGUUGGGUGACAUCCUCGACAUCCCCCUAGCUGAGUUUCCAUAUAGCUCAUUGUAGCAGUUUUCCAACACUAUUUUCAUAUAAGAUUUACUUGUUCAAUUAACAUCUUUCUUUCUUUUCAUUGUGAUUUCUAUCCAUAGUAUUAUACAAUUUCACAUGUUUAAAUCCUAGGCCAAUCUGUUACUCACAAGUAAUUCUGUUUACGUUAUCUUAACACAUUUAACUAAAUAAUCUUUAAAUUUCUUUAAAGAUUAAGACUCUUCCGGUCAGGUCAGCUACCUCUAAAAAAUCCAUCAUUUUCAUCUGCGAUUCCUCCAUUGUUGGUACUUCUUGUCAUUUCCAAAUUUUGGCCAGCAAAAUUCUAGCUGCAGUUGUGGCAUACAAAAACAAUCUGUCAUCUUUCUUGGGCAAUUCCAAACCUAUUAUUCCAAGUAGAAAGGCUUCUGGUUUCUUAAUAAAUAUAUAUUUCAACAUUUUUUUCAAUUCAUUAUAAAUCUUUUCCCAGAAGUCUUUCACCUUGGGACACGUCCACCACAUAUGGUAAAUGGUAUUUCUCUGUUUGCAUUCAGGUAUGUCUUGGAGCAUGGCAGCCCAUAUAUGCGUCGAGCAAAGCAAAGUGUGGACAAGAAAGAAAGACACCUGAGGACUGCUGCAGAGGAAGUAGAUUACGACCUAAGGCGUUCUGGCCUAGUGCAAAAUACAGUGGCUGUGGCUGCCAAAGACUCAGUUCCAGACCAACAACUAACAUUCCAGCAGUUACUGAUCCGCUACAAAGGUAAUAUUUUUUUCAAUGUGCAUUGCUGCCAAUAAUUUUUAAGAGUUUAUUAUCGGUAAACAUAUUGUACAUAUGACCAGAAAGGCAUUUUCAAACCUAGAAUGUUUGUGAGUACAUGUCACAACCUUAGGCAUAUAGCUCUAGUGCAAAAGUCUUGAGACCUGUAUGUUGAGACGUUUCCUAUUCUCUUGUCAGAUGGACAGAUAGAUGCUUGGUGCUCUUGUGAGAAUUUCUCAUUGCACAUGUUAUUUUUCUCUUAUACUAGAGAAUCACUGUUAUUUUCACCAUUUAUUAAAUUUCUGUACCACCCUUCAUUGGAAGAUCACAGGGUGGUUUGCAAUAUAAAAACUAAAAAAUACUGUGGUACCUCUGGUUACUAACUUAAUUCGGUCCGGAGGUCCAUUUGUAACCCGAAACCGUUCUUAACAUGAGGCCUCCUGCUGCUGCCGCGCGACUUCCACUCACGUCCCGGGGAAAAGUUCGCAACUAGGGGCAUCUACUUCCGGGUUAGCAGAGCUCGUAACCCAACGCAUUUGUAAGGAGGGCAGUACGUAAUACGUGGUUCCACUGUAAUAUAAUGAUGAAUAGAAGCAAUGACCACACAUGCAGUUUAAAAGGCCGUAGAUUGUUAAAUUAGCCAAACACCUCAGAGAAAAGGGUUGUUUUUGCCUGGUGCCUAAAGAAAUGUAACAAAGGUGCCAGGCGAGCCUCCAGAAUGGGAAAUUCCUCUAGUGUAUGUGAUUUUUCCUGUGUGCAGCUGGAGGUACUGAAUCAUGGCCAAAAUGUUUUUCUUUGGAGGGGAUGACCAUCUCUCUCUCUCUCUCUCUCUCUCUCUCUCUCUCUCUCUCUCUCUGUCUCACACACAACCCCCCCCCCAAAAAAAGUGUUUUUCAGUAUCCAAAUAUGUAUAAGGCAACAUCAGACUUUGACCUUGAGAAAAUAUGCUAUUUGGGUGAAUAGAAAGAAGGUAUUAGACCAAAUGAAAUAAAUGAGGGAGGCGAUAUCACCAGCUGAUGGAAACUGCAGGAGGGGAGAGUGCUGCUACUCUUGCAGGCUUCCUAUAGGCAUCUAGUUUGCGCUGUGAGAACAGGAUUCCAGACUAGAGGGUCCAGUGGCCUGAUCUAACAGGCUUUUCUUAUCUUCUUACCAUGAAGCUGCCACAGCUGGACCUCCACUUUCCAUCAAGGGUUUGAUUCAUUUGGAAGUGACUGUAGUUUGAGUUGCUUACAAAAUUCAUGACCUCAACAGGGCUUUUCCUUUUUCUUAUGAUGCUCAUUUUCUCUUUCAGGGGUUAGCAAAUCAGUAUUAAAAACAAUGGAGAAAAUGGAUUUAGACAAAGUAAAUCUUGAAUUAAUUGAGGCCUUACUGGAGUGGAUCGUCAGUGGCGAACAUUCGUAUCCACCAGGUAACAUGAUGAGAAACACAUGACCUAUUUUACAAGCCUAUGCAGCUCAGUUGCACAAAGAAAACUGUUUCCUGUUAUCUUUCAUUGAAGUUCUACUUUGUUCUCCCUCUUUCUAAAAGAAAACUAGCUUUCGAAGCAUAAUAGGACUUUUCCCAGUUAGGAUCCUCAGGAGGAAAAAAUUAUUAGUUACGUUGAUGUUGAAUUUAAUCUUACCGUAACAUGUAAUGUAGUAGAGGAAGAAAUAGCAAUAAAUUGUGGUUGCCUUCAGGAGCAAAUAUGAAGAGUAUAUAUUGAGUUCUAGAAGACAUUUGUAUUAAUUCUACCAUUUUUUAUAUACUCCUAUCUAGGUGCGGUACUGAUUUUUUUGCCAGGCAUGGAAGAAAUUAAAACACUGUAUAAGCAGUUGCAAACUAAUCCACUCUUCAAUAACCGGCGCAGCAAUCGGUAAAUUAAGAAUAUGCCUACAUAUUUUUUAAUGAAAAGUAAAUUAAUUAAAACUGACAUUUUAAUCAACUUUUACAUCACUUUAAGUUGCUUAUUUAAGAGUAUGUGAACAUUUUUCUUUCUUGCAGCAUCUUUUAUCUCUUCCCCCUCCCCAGUAUAAUUCUCAACUAGUGCAUGGAGGAUAAUCUGUACUUCCAAGUAGAACUUGAAAAAUAAUACUCUUUUUAGCUGGGUGCUGCAGAAACAUUGGUUUCUACAUUGGUUUUAGACUUCUUGAGCUUAUUGGAUGUAAACCAGUUUAUCCCUUAGUUCUUUGGCUUGAUACCCUAUUGUGUAUCAGGUUACUGCCAGUCAAGAAAAUGUAUUGGGUCAGUUCAGAAGCAGUGCCAAACCAUGCUUUGGAGCUACGCAUGGAUGAGUCUUCUGCUCAGAGACUUUCUCCUCUGUUUGUGUGCUUUAGUUUCUCUCCUUCUGAUUUUGCAGCAAAUCUGUUUAAACUGAGGCUUGCGUGCCUAGAUUCCACAAGUUGUAAUUUGCUCAUCUCAGACACAACAGCCCACUAUGGUUUGUCGCAGAAUCAGAAGCAAGAGGGGAAAUCUGAGCACAAAAAAAGAACAUAGAGGGAAGGACAUGAACACAGGACUCCUUCAUGGAGUGCCAAACCAUGGUUUGGUAUUUUGAAGUCUGAAUCAUCCCAUUGGGCAAUUUAUCAAUGUCCUUCAUAUGGUCUUCUCUGCCUCCCCCACCCUGAAACCAUUGGCACAGUUGAAUUGCUAAAAUACUGAUGUCUACCAAAUUUGAGGCAUGCCACAAGGGUGGGGGAGCUGUAGUGGGGCAGAGAGGAAGGGAAGUCCUGUUGUACCAUGAUAAGUCCAUUCUCCUUGUAUACAGACACAAAUGAUGUGACCCUUGGUUCUCCAGCUCUGGCUACUAUGUAGAAGAAGUGAUAUAAAAAUGGAAAACAAAACCUCACUAAAAGCCCUCUAAACGUGUCCUCUGAUCUUUUUCUCAUAGCUGCGUUGUUUAUCCACUUCAUUCCUCACUUUCAAGUGAGGAGCAGCAAUGUGUGUUCCUUAAGCCUCCUGUAGGGGUCACCAAGAUCAUCAUAUCUACAAACAUUGCAGAAACCUCCAUUACCAUCGAUGAUGUGGUCUAUGUGAUUGAUUCAGGGAAGAUGAAAGAGAAAAGGUACCUAGAUAAUAAGCAAAAGCACCAUGUACAAUUUUUUUAAAAUGGGGCCUAUACGUCUGUGCACAAUGAGAUUUCUACCUGAUAGAUUUCUUUGUUGAGCUGGAAGACAUUACAAAACUGAAGCCCCAAAUCUGCUAUUUGCUUCCUGCAUUAAGCUGCUACAAGCUUCUGUUUCUCACCCUUCCUUUUUUCCUCUUUCAGUUUUCCUGUGACCAGAACUAUUUCUGUUACUGUCUGUCUCAGUUAUUACUUCUCCCUUUAAGACCUAACCUUUUUGCUCUCAUCUUUCUCAACCCAUAUUUUUCUGCUUUAAUUUUUACAGGUGAAAAAUGGGAAAUAUGUAGCAAUGUUAGUUCACAAUGUUCUAGAGUGGUGGUAUCCAUCCCCCGCCCCCCAGCAUUUGUCAAAUUGACUCUGCAAACUUUCAGGCAGUAACUAAGGAUAAUCAAGAUUUUAAAACGGUAUUGAGAUGGGUCUCUAGGAAUCUAGGAGGUACAAGCAUUUGUAUGCUGGAUACUUCUGCAUGACUAAUAUUUGCAACAGGAGUAAAAAUACAAUAACAGAAUCACAUAAGCAUGUUAAAAACAUAAUCAGAAUACGAAAAUCCAAUAAUUGGUGUUGCCCAAGUGCCAAGAAAAAUAAAAAUUAUUUCGCUGGCAGUGAAAUUAUGAUAUAGUUGAUGCCAGGCAGGUGUCAUUGGAGAGAGCAUUUUAUAGAUGGGGAGCUUCUGUAGAGAAGGCCAUCCUCUCAUCGCCAAAGAACCUCCAUUAGAGGUGGCAUGCAGAGAAGAGCCUCAGAUAAUGAUUUCACAGUCCAGGCAGGAACGUAUACAGAUACAUUGUCCUUUUGGCAUUUGGUUCCUAAGCUGUUAAAGGCUUAAAGAUCAAAACUAGCACUUUGAACUGAGCCCAGAAACAAAUUGGCAGCUAUCGGAGUCAGGCGAGAACUGGUGUUUAUAUGUUCACACACAUCUUCUUGUCCCCGUUAAUCAUUUAGUUGCUACAUUCUGCACUAACUGGUUUCCAAAUAGUCUUCGAAUGCAGCCGCAAGUACAAUGCCUUGCAGUAGCAGAACCUGCAAGCAUCCAGUUUCCUAAUUUUUGUAGAUUCCCCAAGGCCUAUCAGAAUAUUGCAAACACUGUUCCAUAUCUUCCUCCUUGCAGGUUUGAUCCAAGCAAAGGUAUGGAAAGCCUGGAGGAUACAUUUGUGUCCAAAGCCAAUGCCUUGCAAAGGAAAGGACGAGCAGGCCGGGUAGCCUCUGGGGUCUGUUUUCAUCUCUUCAGUAGCCACCAUUACAAUCAUCUCCUUUUGAAGCAGCAGUUACCUGAAAUACAAAGAGUGCCUUUGGAACAGCUCUGUCUCAGGUAAGACAGUCUUUCACUGGCAGCCAGAGCAUCCCUGAAACAACCUUUACAGAUCUUGCUGAUUGGCACAUCUUAUACAUAGUAAUUUGCCCUAGCUCCCAUUCUCAAAUCCCUCUUCCUCCAACUUCAUCCUAAUUCUUCCUUAGGGCAAAUAAUUUUCCAUAGUCCUUACUCUACUUCUUGAAAAUGUGUGUGUUAGCUUUUAUGAAUGCCCAGGCUCAGUACUUUGCUGGACUGCUUUAAAGAGAGAAACAGGUGGAGCUUAGGAAUUACUAUGCAAAGCUGCCUCCUCUUUUUUUAUUCUAUACUGUGUGCAACUCAAGAUUUAACACAGGUAGGUACAACAUAAUGGCUAGGGUUUGUAAAUCAAAUAGACUUGUUCCAGUUACUUCACUGACAGAGAGAAGGAACUGGUUUGGCCAGUGUCUGCAGUUUGCAAGCUUGCCCAUGGGCCCAAAAUGGGUGAUGAACCCUACUAUAUCCUGUUUGAUACGGGGCGUGGUGGCGUUGUGGUUCUUUACCUUUACCUUUUUACCUUACCCUGUUUAUACUGACUUCUUAGGCUUUUUGGUGUCUGCCAUUGCCCAUCCAGAAAGCAAGACCUCAACGGAAAGUUCUCAGUGGAGGCCUGCUAACAUAUGUGUAUAUUAUAUAUUUAUGUAGCUGAAGCUUAACGUAUCCAACUCUGACCAAAUGAUUGUAUUUUCCUCUGUCUUCCAGAAUUAAGAUUUUGGACAUGUUUUCCACACAAAGCCUUCAUUCAGUUCUCAUGCGACUGAUUGAGCCACCAACAGCCGAAUCUUUACGUUCCUCCAAGCAACGACUGCAGGAUGUCGGAGCCUUAACUUCAGACGAGAAGCUCACGCCCUUGGGGUAUCAUUUGGCUUCCUUGCCUGUUGAUGUCAGGAUUGGGAAGCUAAUGCUGUUUGGCACCAUUUUCCGCUGUCUGGAUCCAGCACUGACAAUUGCAGCAAGCAGGGCCCACAAGUCUCCUUUUGUAAGUGCUGUUGUUUCAAGAUACGUCCACGUGUGCAAAGGAAUGUUUCCUAAACUCUUAAAACGGAACCUUUUAAACGUAUUAUAUGGUUGAUAGUGGUUUGGGAGAGGUUUCACUUCCCAUAGCAUAAAUGCAAUUGGGAGGGGGGGAUAAAAUGGGAUAGUUCUGUACGUCUUGUAGAAUGCACUGUACAAAAUUUCCGUAUACCCAGAAUACACUGUGUAAAUCUGAACUCUGUAGGCUGUAUUUUAAUUUUACAUCUGCCAGUUGUGUAAUGGUGUGCUUUCCAUAGUUCAGCUAUGGAAUGCGCUCCCAUAGGAAGUUGUGAUGGCCGUCAACCUAGAUGACUUUAAAAUAGGAUUGGACAAAUACAUUGAGGACUAUCAACGGCUUCUAGCUAUGAUGGCUGUGCUCUGCCUCCAAGGAGGCAGCAAGUCUUCUGAACACCAGGUGCUGGAAACCAAAGCUUGGGAGUAUGCUUGUGCUCAAAUCCUGCUUGUGGGUUUCCCAAAGGCACACAGGGAGGUUAGGCUGGCCUCAACCAGAGCCAGGGCUUUUUUGGCCGUGGCCCCGAUCUGGUGGAACACUCUGUCACAAGAGACUAGGACCUUGCGGGACUUGACAUCUUUCUGCAGGGCCUGCAAGACAGAGCUGUUCCACCAGGCCUUUGGCCAAGGCACAGUCUGACCCCAUCUCUCCUUCUGUAAUCCUCAUAGAACUCUAGCCCAAUAGUUGCCAUUAAUUUGACUCUGAAUUGAUUUUAGAAUGAAUUGAUUUUAGAAUGUAUUUCAGUUGAUUGUGAUUUUAUGUAAACUGUGUUAUUUUUACUGUUGUUAGCCGCUCUUAGCCCGGCUUCAGCUGGGCAGGGUGGGAUAUAAAUAAAAAUUAUUAUUAUUAUUAUUAUUAUUAUUGGGAUAUAAAUAAAAAUUAUUAUUAUUAUCAUCAUCAUCAUCUGCUUGGCCAUUAUUACACAUUAUUACGUUCCUUGUUUUAAAAGGUUUCUCCGUGGGACAAAAGAGAAGAGGCAUUCAAGAAAAAGCUGGAAUUUGCAAUAGGAAACAGUGAUUAUCUUGCGCUUCUCCAAGCAUAUAAGGUGAGGAAUAAAAGCACGCCUUGUAAUUGAUUUCAGGGUUAUUGUAGCCAUAGAGCCUCCUAAUUGUAAGAGAUGAGAUGGCACGCUAUAACAGCUUACAUUUUCACUAUUUAGGGAUGGCGUGCAGCUUCAAAAGAAGGCUAUCAAGCAAGUCACACAUUUUGUAGACAAAAUUUCUUAUCAGAAAGCGCUCUUCAGGUAAGUUAGCAUUAUUGUUCACAAUUUUGAGUUUUAAAAGUGUAUCUUGAACCUCAUGUCAAAUUGUUAUGUUCUGCUUUCCUGUUGUGCAAUCUUAUAAUGAAAACAUUUUUUAUAGGUUUCAACUUUGCAUUUAUCAGAAAACUCAGUACAUGCAAGGCAUUUUUUGGCCUAUUUGCUUAUACAGUACAUUUAAUGUUUUAUCCCACUGCAUUUCACUAUGUUACUUGCAGAUUAACUUCAAAAUGUGGUACCCAGCGGUGCUGUUCAACAAAAUUUUACUCAGACCCAUUGAAAUGAAUGAACCUCACUUAGUCAUGUUGAUUAAUUUCAGUGGGUUUCCUCUGAGUAAAAUUUGGUUGACUUCCCCAGGCUUAACAGUGUGAUAUAUCUGUGUUUAUCCUUGGCAGGCAGGCAGGCAAUGGAAGAGGGGGAAACUGGGCGCAGCAUAAGAUUGGGUUGAUUUUAAAAAUAUAUAUAUAUAUAUGCUGCCUUUUUAGAUAACUUCAGCUUUUCAAAAAAAGUUGAGGAUAAUCUCUGAUGGAUGACAGGAUUUAGGGAAAUGGAUCAACUACUAUACCAUAUAAUAUUUAAUUCCUUAGCUUCUGAGACUGAAUUAUAAAUGUUAACACUAUGGUUGCCAACCACUGACUGAAAUUACCCUAGCUGAAAGGUAAAGAGUGUGGAUCAACUGUAAAAAAAUUCCUCACUGGACUCCACACACACACACACACACACACACACACACACACAAACGCACACAAGCCUCUCUACACACCCACACACCAAAGAAGAUACGUAUUUUUAUUUAUGACGGGGACCAUAGCUGAGUGGUACAGCACACGUUUGGGGUCCAAAAUUCAACCACCAGCAUCUCUCCAGUCUACAAAAAUAUAUAGAUAGCACCUGAUGGGAAAAAGAUCUCUACCUGAGAUUCUGGAGAGUCCCAAUCCAGUACUGGGCCUGUUAGACAAAUAGACUUCCUAAAAAGCAGUUUCCUAUGUGCCUAACUCCCGUAUUGGCCUGAAUAUAAGCCGCACCUUUAAAAUUGGAGGGGGAAAGAAAAAAUACCCCAAUAUAAGCUGCUCUAUUCCUCGCUGCUCCUGGCUGCAUACUGGGCAGGGGGAGACUGCUGCGUUGCUGGUGGCCUUUCCCCUUCCUCGCUCUCUUCCUUUCCAGCCUUGAGGGAGAAGACAGAGGCUAUGCAUGGGGUGCUGCUUUGCCACUCUCCUGGUCCUGGCUGCAGACUAUAAGGUCACGAAUAUAAGCCACACUUUAACUUUUGACAGUCAGAAUUUGGGGGAAAAGUGAGGCUUAUAUACAGGCCAAUACGGUAUAUAUAUCAGUGGUUUUCAAGCUUCCUACUUCCAGGGGCAUCCAUUUUGACUGGCCUAUGGAGAAACCGCCUCACAUCUGCCAGGGAAAUCCUUGCACAUUGCAGUUCAUUCUGGGCUGUGUUCUAGGGCGUAUUCUUAGUUCAGUUGGCACAUUGGCCAGUUCUCUUGAGCCUUACUGUCAUUCCAUGGGAAGGGAGACUGUGCCCUGGAAAGGCACCCAACACAGUUGCAUGUUGCAGGGAAAAAUCUGUAGGUGUGGGCAAGCUUGGUUUCACUUUGAAUAACCCCAAAUAAGUGUUGGAGGUUCAACAGUGCUGCCUGGAACACAGUUUGAAGAUCAGUGUCCCCCAAACUAGCUAUGUUACGGAACUACCAUACCAGGAGUCCCAACAACCAUUCAGUAUUUCCUCAGAGUACAUUUUCACAUAUUUUUCCACAGUAGAUGCAGUUCACAUUUCCCAGCAUAGCUUUUCCUCUCUUCCCCAUAUUUGCAAUGGUGGCAGUGGGCAAAAUGAAGUCAGCCACAAGCUGGCUGUGAUCCAUAAGUCUUCUGUGGCUUAUCACUGGUGUUUGGAAAGAAUGAGAACAGAAGGUGGACAUCACUUGACACAGUUCAGAAAUCUUAACACUAUUCAUUAUUCAAAGGUGUUCUUUCUCUCUCUUCCAUAGCAAAUGGCCAGUUUAAAAAGGCAGUUCACAGAACUAUUGUCUGACAUUGGAUUUGUGAAAGAGGGACUCAGAGCCAAGGAUAUAGAAAGGAGGUGGUCUCAGGGAGGAGACGGCGUUCUGGAAGCAACUGGAGAAGAGGUAACAGGAGUGACAAUGGAGUUGCCCUGUCUCAUUCAUCCAUUGCCUUUUGUACAACGUAUAAGCUUUUAUACGGUGUUCUUCCUCUCAUUCUCUGCCACUUUCCUCAUCUGUCCAAAUAACGGCAUUCAUUUUUCCCUCCCGCCCCUUCUGACUAUUCUACUCUCCUUGACAUGAUUUAAUGGAACCAAAAUGACAGCUAGAACCUCGGGCAGUGUUUUUGUUCAGUGAUUUGGAGCUUCCUGAUUAUGUGAAAACCCUUUUCUUCCCAGCUGAUUAAAAAAAGUCCAGAGGUGUCCCCCCAUUUUAGGGAGGGGCAUAUAGGGCCCAGAGCUUCUACCACUUAACACUUGAGAGAUUUUAAAAAUAAAAUAAAAUAGAUGCCUUCAUAUUUUCUAAAAAAUAUCUCUGUAACUAUAAGGUCUGGAAGCUUACCUUUACAUGAAAGCUGGAAUUCCCAAGGUGAUGUGCUUGCCCAGUUUCAUGCAAACUUCUGCACUAACUUGUAGGUACCCUUUUGUUUAUAUCACAGGCAAAUUCUAAUGCGGACAACUUCAAGCUGAUAUCAGCCAUAUUAUGUGCUGCUCUGUAUCCCAAUGUGGUUCAGGUAAGAGGGCAGUGCUUUUUCAUUUCUCUUUUUCUGUCCAUAUUGCACACAUUGCAUUUGUUCUAUGCUGCAUGCUUGAAAGCUGAGCUACUUGCUAUUAGCAAUUCCUCAAAAGGGAAUCUCUCUCUUGUGCUUCUGUUGGGUUUAGAGACUUUUCAGUAUUUCCUUCCAGUGCUUUAAAGAAACAUCUCCUUCUGCACGACCCUACUUAAUGGAAGCUGCUUAUGAGUAUUUCUAUCACUGUUUUUUACUGUUUUAGGUGAAACUGCCAGAAGGGAAGUAUCAGAAGACCAGUACAGGAGCUGUUAAAAUGAAGCCAAAAGCUGCAGAGCUGAAGUUUGUUACCAAGAAGGAGGGCUCUGUUCACAUUCAUCCAUCCUCUGUAAACUACCAGGUGAUUUUCCCACCCCCAGUCAGUCAUUCUGUACCUGUUGUCCACACACAUACAAUUCCUUCUUGGCAGAGGGGCAUGCAAACCAACCAACAGUCCAUAGUGCAAUUCCUUGCAUUUACACAUCUGUAAGCCUCAUUGUAAUCUGUUGGACUUGUAUCUAUGCACAGAUGCAUAAGAUGAGAAGCAGGCUAAUCUUAGUUAAACUUAGUUCACAUUGGAAUCAAUGGGACUUAAUUUAUGACCAACUUGUCCCAUUUGAUUUUCAGCCAAUUUCCUUUCUCCUUCAGCUUACACACCCAUGUGAAAUUUGUGUAAAGAUUUCAGACUUCUCCUGCCCCUGCUGCCUGGCGAAUGGUAUGCUGGCAUUGGACCACCUUUUCCCAGCAAAACCAAUGGCCUCUGUCAUAUAUUGUAUAACUGAAGUGAUAGGUAUGGAACCUGUUGUUGUUCUUGUUUUUGUUGAAGUUUCACCAGAGUUUUUUUGGGUUCCUUGUUUCAGACCAGGCACUUUGAUAGCCCUUACUUAGUGUAUCACGAGAUGGUAAAAACCAGCCGAGUGUUUAUUCGAGACUGCAGCAUGGUGUCUGUGUACCCACUGAUCUUGUUUGGAGGCGGCCGUAUUAAUGUGCAUCUUCAGAAGGGAGAGUUUGUUGUUUCCUUGGACGAUGGGUGGAUUCGUUUUGUUGCAGCCUCACACCAGGUAAGAAAAUGAGCAACUCAUCACAUUGCAUCUAAUUGCUUAUGAUGGGGAAAUUAUUUUCAUUGUACCAAGGGGAGAGGAACAGCUCAUUCUACUUUGUACUGGCAUCCAGGAAAUGGGUUAUGACCCUUAACCAAAUUUCCUCUUGAGACAUUAAGUCCACUGGGCCAAAAUGGAUAUAAAACACUAAUUCAAAUAGGCUUAUAGAAUAGCAUGGGCAGCAUCUGGUCCAACAAGUGUGCUUACUUUCCUAAGUUGAAAGGUCAGGUCGUUCUUUAUGUCUGCAUGACCAGCUAUUUAAGAACCAAAGAUCUUUCAGAAAUUUAGUCAGAUGUCUUCAUCUCUUGGGUAUCAACUCUGCGGUUUAUGGUUAUAAUACCCUGCAGUACAAUUUGCAUAGGCGCUUUCAUGAGCACAACAAACCCCAGGUUGUAGACGGCAGGACAAAUUGCAUCAGCACCGCCAAAAGCUAAAUUUGUCUCUCAGGUUCUUCAUCUGCAACAGAGUAUUGUGGCACCUUAGACUAACAAAAUUCUUCCAGCAUUAUGACACUGUUGGAUUCACAAUGCUAUAUCAUUGUGGGGGUAUUAACCCUGGAUAUACAAGAAGAAAAGGCAUAAAAAGUUUAAAAGGUCCAACUGUAUUGUGCAGAGCAUUAAUGAACACAAAAUCCAGUCAAAUGAGAAAAAUCCCAAGUGGUGUAGGUAUGACCUGUGCAGUUUGAAAAAAUGCAGUGCCUUUGAUCUUAUAUUUGUUGAGAUUCUUAAGGACAUCAUUGUCAUCAUAGCUUUCAGGCAAUGCCCGAGUUGAGCCUCUUUUAAAGGUAAAAGGUAAAGGGACCCCUGACCAUUAGGUCCAGUCACAGACGACUCUGGGGUUGCGGCGCUCAUCUCGCUUUAUUGGCCAAGGGAGCCAGUGUACAGCUUCCGGGUCAUGUGGCCAGCAUGAUUAAGCCACUUCUGGCGAACCAGAGCAGCGCACGGAAACGCCGUUUACCUUCCCGAUGGAGCGGUACCUAUUUAUCUACUUGCACUUUGUUGUGCUUUCAAACUGCUAGGUUGGCAGGAGCAGGGACCAAGCAACAGGAGCUCACCCCGCCACAGGGAUUCGAACCACCGACCUUCUGAUCGGCAAGCCCUAGCCCUAGGUUUAACCCACAGCACUACCCGCAUCCUGAGCCUUUUAUGCGAGUACAAAUGUUAAGCAUAAAAAGUACAGCAAGUCUUUCAUGCAAUAUCAGAGGGAGGACCAGGGGCUUCAGAAGUAACUUCUAAUGUAGUGUGAGGAACCUCAGGUUUUGCCGGACUCGCAACUCCCAGUCAGCAUGGCCUAAUAGUCAGAGAUGAUGGGGGCUUGUGAUCUGGCCUGGACUACCCCUAAGCAGCUUAACUCAUAAGAAUAUUUGUGUUUUUCAGGUAGCCGAACUAGUGAAAGAACUUCGCUGUGAGCUUGACCAGCUACUCCAGGAUAAAGUAAAAAACCCCAGCAUAGAUCUUUGUACCUGCCCUCGAGGGUCUCGUAUCAUUAGCAUGAUCGUUAAACUUGUGACCACACAAUAGCACGGAGUAUUUGGUAUAAAGACUUAUCAGCAGAACAAUGGCAAUAGAGAUGGAAGCAACAUGGAUGCCUGGAAGCCUAAAGGCAAAGUGGCAAUCAAAGAAACCACCAUAUUUGGAGUAGCCCUAAUGGAGUUAAUGGGGCUGGAGAAACAAGGUGGUGGGUUUUUUCACCCAAAUCAUGGAAAAGUUGGCAUAUUUUAAGGGAAACGCGAGUGUUUCCUUUCCAGGAGCAAUCUGUGAAGUACAGAGUGAGAGACUACAGUAUUGUUAUUUAUGCCAAUGAAAACUCAAGAGAGAUCCAAAAACAUUCAAUUCUAAUGUGUUUUUCUUGCUACUGUUUUUGUCCAAUUAAGGAUUAACUCUUUUUGCUACAAAAUGACGGUCUAUUGACUUGCCUCUUCUCCUUAAGGCAGGAUUUGAUGUUUACUAUAGCAACUGUUUGUAUUUUCCUAAAUUCUAAAGUGGAUUCCCCUGUAAGCUUUCCCUAAAACCUGUCCUAAUCUGAUCAAUUAAUCAAUGUCGGUUGCCAAAAAUUUAAAUGAAAGAUAAAUGGUCUUUAGUAUAAAAAUGAACCAGGUUCUAUAUGAGCUGGGUGUGUGUGUGUGUGUGUGUGUGUGUGUGUAAAAAAGCACACAGGGCUCAAAUUACAGCUUGCCAAAGGCUGUGGAAGUUGUCUUGCUCCUUCUCAAAGGGUUAGUCUAGAGAAGAAAGUUAAUGACUCUUUUACAUUGCCUGAAGUCAACUUAGCUUCCUUGACAAGACAGCACUUAUGAAAGCAGCAAGUUUGAAGUGUGCCAAGGUUUUUGCAAAAGCAAGACAUGAAGAUAAUGCUGUUACAUCCUAGUUCUGAGCCCCGCUGGCACCUGAAACCAGAUCUUUCACAAGUCAGAAGAAAUGGUUGAGGAAUGCAAGUACAAAAGAGGCUUAUUUCAGUACAGUUCAUUAUGACUUGUGGACUCCCAUCAGCCCAGCAACUUCUUAUAAACAAGGAGCACAAUCCUGCAGAAAUUAAUGGGACUUGAACGGAAGCUCCCAAAAAGGUGCAUUUAAGGAUUUUUUAAAACAGUAAACCAACAUUGGGGCAGGAGUGGAGAAUGCACAAUUGCUAUGGCGAUAGAAACGAGCGCGCCGGUGGUUAAAAAUAAAACUCUGUAUAGUAACUUUAUGUAUGUCACCUGAGGUGCUCAUUGGUUGGAGUAAUGGUGAUCAACAAGCUCUAUAAAUAAACAGGAACUUGUUCAUUGGAUUUGUAAUCUAGUUUGAGGUUUCUUUUUUGCAAGAAAUUAUGUACAGGUAACUUCCCACUUGUGCGGGGGUUAUGUUCCAGUCCCCCGCAUGCAUAAGUGAAAUUGCGUAGUGGGGAACACCUUCUAAACACUCUUUAAACACCCUCUGUUGCACUCUCUUCAAUCUAUACCAAAAAUACUGUAUCCAAAAAUAUUCACAACUAUAAUUGAAGCUCUGGGGCUGGCAGGCGGCUGGAGGAUGCACAGGAAAGAAGCUCCUGUUGCUGCGAUACCCCACACAUCAGCUGUUAAGUGGGGAGCCUCAGCAGCUUAAACAAAGCCCUGCUAUGCCUUUGGUCUCUUCAGGGCUUUCUCUGUCCUCACUAACAUCCUCUGGGCUCUGGGGAGGGUCUCACGAACCAUGAGGCCUGCCUAGUUUUGAUGUGGAUAUUAACUCAAGUAAAUCUACUUGCAUCUGUGUAACAGGAUCAGUUGAAUUGCCCCAUGAGUGUCUUAUCAGGAGGAAAUUCUGCUACAGAGGUUUGUGUAGUAGAUCUUCCCUGACACCCUGUAACAUAAGCAAUAGCCUUCAGUGUAGAAGAUUACUUGCCGGUUCACUGGCUGCAUAUACUGCAGCGACCUGUCACCAUAUCACUUCUCAUAAAAACUUAAAACACAUCACUUUCCAGUGAAUACAAAGAUUUUCAGAUAAGGACAAAAAUGAAAGUAGCAAUUUUAGGGGUUCUGAAUUGGUGAAAGUACAAGCUACAUAUGAUGCGUUUCCGCAGCUAUUGUAAUUAUUCUGCUUUUAUAUUAUGAACUGUAGUUUAUAGAGGUAUUCCUAGUUUAAUAUCAGUACUGAAUGGUAAGAAUGUGAUGUUUUCAUAUAUGACUCUUCAUGACUAAUGGUAAUUGAAUAUAAAGGAGCAUUCACAGGAU